CGCGGGAGCGCGCCGCUGGGCAGGUGGGAGGGGCCGGGGCGACAGUCUGGGGCGCCGGAGCCGGCGGCUCGGGCCAUGGAGCGGAGCCCCGACGCGUCCCCCGGGCCUUCCCGCUCCUUCAAGGAGGAGCUGCUGUGCGCCGUCUGCUACGAUCCCUUCCGCGACGCCGUGACUCUCCGCUGCGGUCACAACUUCUGCCGCGUGUGCGUGAGCCGCUGCUGGGAGGUGCAGGUGGCGCCCACCUGCCCGGUGUGCAAGGACCGCGCGUCGCCCGGCGACCUGCGCACCAACCACACCCUCAACAACCUGGUGGAGAAGCUGCUGCGCGAGGAGGCUGAGGGCGCGCGCUGGGCCGGACACCGCUCCCCGCGCGUCUGCCGCCUGCACCGCGGCCAGUUCAGCCUCUUCUGCCUCGAGGACAAGGAGUUGCUGUGCUGCUCGUGCCAGGCCGACUCCCGGCACCAGGGCCACCGCGUGCAGCCCGUGAAGGACACUGCCCACGACUUUCGGGCCAAGUGCAGGAACAUGGAACACGCGCUGCGGGAGAAGGCCAAGGCCUUCUGGGCCAUGCGGCGCUCCUACGAGGCCAUCGCCAAGCACAAUCAGGUGGAGGCUGCCUGGCUGGAGAGUCGGAUCCGGCAGGAGUUCGACAAGCUGCGCGAGUUCCUGCGGGUGGAGGAGCAGGCCAUCCUGGACGCCGUGGCCGAGGAGACGAGGCAGAAGCAGCUUCUGGCCGAGGAGAAGAUGAAGCAGCUCACGGAGGAGACGGAGGUGCUGGCCCAUGAGAUCGAGCGUCUGCAGAUGGAGAUGAAGGAAGACGAUGUUUCUUUUCUCAUGAAACACAAGAGCCGAAAACGCCGACUCUUCUGCACCGUGGAGCCCGAGCCCGUGCAGCCGGGCAUGCUCAUCGACGUCUGCAAGUACCUGGACUCCCUGCAGUACCGCGUCUGGAAGAAGAUGGUCGGGUCUGUCGAAUCCGUGCCCUUCAGCUUAGACCCCAACACCGCGGCCGGCUGGCUCUCCGUGUCCGACGACCUCACCAGCGUCACCAACCACGGCUACCGCGUGCAGGUGGAGAACCCGGAGCGCUUCUCCUCGGCGCCCUGCCUGCUGGGCUCCCGCGUCUUCUCGCAGGGCUCCCACGCCUGGGAGGUGGCGCUCGGGGGGCUGCAGAGCUGGCGGGUGGGCGUGGUGCGCGUGCGGCCGGACGCCGGCGCCGAGGGCCACUCGCACAGCUGCUACCACGACACGCGCUCGGGCUUCUGGUACGUGUGCCGCACGCAGGGCGUGGAGGGGGACCACUGCGUGACCUCGGACCCGGCCACGUCGCCGCUGGUCCUGGCCAUUCCGCGCCGCCUGCGCGUGGAGCUGGAGUGCGAGGAGGGCGAGCUGUCCUUCUACGACGCCGAGCGCCACUGCCACCUGUACACCUUCCACGCCCGCUUCGGGGCGGUGCGGCCCUACUUCUACCUGGGCGGCGCGCGGGGGGACGGGCCCCUGGAGCCGCUGCGCAUCUGCCCGCUGCGCGUCAGCGUCAAGGAGGAACUGGACGGCUGAGCUGGCCCAGCGCUCCUGGCGCUGCCCGGGUCUGUGCCACGGCCCUGUUUCUCUUCCUGCGCCCUCCCUAGUGCCCGCUCUCCCCUGGGCACCGCUCUGCCCCCGCCUCCUGGCCGGGUCUUCCUCCCGUCCCGUCUGGUCCUUUUCCGUGACUCCAGGCCUGGCGCCUCUCUCUCUCUGUUUGGUCCCUUCUCUGCCCACAAUAGGAGCCAUCCAGGGGGUACCUCGCUGUGCCAGGCUCUCCCCAGAGUCCUGGCACCUUCACGAUAUAAAUUUUCUGAAUCCUCCUUCCAGGAUUUCCGGGGAUAAUGUUUGCUUCUAGAACGGGCUUGUUUUAUACUGUAGGUUUUAUAGUUAUCCAUGUAUGGUGCGAUCAGCCAAUCGCGAGACGACUGCCAUUGGAAAGAUCGUUUGUCACUCACAGUCCCUGGAGGAGGGGUCAGGCCAGGCCACAGGGCACAUGGGAAAUACUGGGUUGGUCAGGGGGUGGGGGCUAGGGGGACCCAGGGGCGAGAGACUGUAUGGUGCUUUUCUCAGGAAGGAAUGGGCAGGGCAGGGGAGACAGGCUCAGGAUUGGCUUGCUGGAGUGAUUUUAGCAGCUCUGGGCACAGUGGCUGCCACUGGUUGUCUGACACCUGGCGCUGGGAUGGUCAGGACAAGGGAACACUGGCCUGGCCAGAGAGAGCCCCAUGAGAGCCAGAUGCAGGAGGCGGUGGGGGUGCAGCCCUGGGUGGCUUGGUUUGCUGCAGCCGAGAUGUUUGCCAGCCUGGGAGGGGCAGUCCCUCCAGGGCCAGUGACGCCCCAGAUGCCCGAGCAUCAGGGAUACAGUAAAUAAGAAAACAUAGUUCAUGCGGGGCUGCUGCUGUGGCUCUGGGACAGGACUCGGGGCUCAGCUUCUCUUUCACUUUAUGUCAGUAUUUUAAAACUUCUCUACGGGUCCCCCCUCCCCACCGGAUCAGCUCUGAUUUAUAUCUAUACCUCUUGGAUGAUUUCCUCUGAACAGAGGGUUCUGGAGCACUUAAAAACAAAAUAUUUAUAACAGUGGCGUCGGCCUGUUCCCCAGGCCUCAGUGUCCUCGCCUGUGGAUGAGAUGGGGCUGGACCAGGACGUCCUUCUGUGGUUGCUGGGGAAGAAGUUCCUCUGGCUCAUUCUCAUCAGAUUCUGACAAGGGAAGGAAAGGG